AUGCCUUAAUAUCUAUGGUAUAUAAUAUAAAUAUAAACACUUUCAUUAAAAUAUACAACUAACAUUUUUUAGCUGGUUGAGAUAUUAAUUUCAUUCUUGUAAUAAUAAAAGAAUGUAAAUUCUUUUAUAAUAUUAAUAGAAAUAAGAAAGUAUCAUCCAAUUUUUUUUGAGAACAAAUUAUUUUUAUAUUAAAUUUAAAACAAUAUGAAAUCAAAUCUUAAUUAUCAAAUAUUUAAAAUAAAAUUAAAUAAAGUUAAAGAAAAAAAUAAAAUAAACAAAAUGGAUAAUAAUUUGAAUCAUUUUUAAUUCAAGAUUCAUUAACUUUCAAGAGAAGAACUUGCAUAUGCACUAAAGUUAUCUUCAAGAUUAGAAAGAUAUGAUGAGGUACUUGAGAUAGUAAAGCUACUUUCAAUGCAUAAUGAAUAGCUUUGUGAAGAAGAAUAUAAAUUAUUUGAUAAAGCGCUUAGUUUUUAUUUUUGUUCAAAAAUACAACCUAUUAAAAAGAUGGAACAAAAAAAUUUGGAUUAUUAUUAAUAUGAAAAAUUGGGAUAAAAUUUUUUAUAGAAUAUCAUAAACAAUUAUAAACUUAACAUUAUUAGUGAAAGCGAAGAGAUGAUACAAACAAUUGAAAGACUGCUUAUGAAUAAAAAUAUUUCUGAUUUAUAGAGAUACUACUGCUAUAGUAUUAGAGGUGAUUGCUAUAGAUAUAUUGCAGAAAAUAAUUUAGGUAAUAUCCAUUUAGUAGAUGAUGCUUUAUAAGCUUACUUUUAAGCAGAAGAGAAUUUGCGAGAUACUAAAGAUUAUGGAUGA